GUUUGUGUAUAUGUUCUGUCGGCUCUCGGCAUCACUGCGGGUGCUCACAGACUCUGGUCCCACAGAUCUUAUAGAGCUACAUAUCCGCUAAGAGUAUUUCUGAUGAUUUGCAAUAGCUUCGCCAAUCAAGGAAGUAUUAUACACUGGGCUUCGAAUCAUCGAGCACAUCAUCUUCAUGCUGAUACUGAUAGAGAUCCACAUGAUUCACAACGAGGAUUCUUCUAUGCCCACAUUGGAUGGUUAUUGAUACAUAAACCAAAGUUGGUCGCAGAUGCUUGCAGCAGGAUUUCUGUAGAGGAUCUAUAUAAUGAUAAUGUAUUACUACUGCAGCAUU